UGGUUCCAUUAAGGACACAGACAUGUGGCUAGGGAGUGUGCUCCGAGUGAUACUGCUCCUGCCCUGUGCUGUGGCCACUCUGCCACACCAGACUGCAGUGGGGGACAACACGAGCGACCGAGAACCAAAGCUGGACCACUCAAGGCCAGAUCAUUUAUUGGCUUCAAGAAAUCCAAACCAUAUAACAGGUCAAAUAGAUGGAGGAAAAGAGGGAGCCUGGGGACACAAGCAAGAAGAUGAGAAGAAUGCACCUAACCUCCUGUCUCGCUCACUUAAUGAAUCUCCAACAACUACAGAACAAGAAAACACCUCCCACCCUGGCCCUGAGCGUCCAUCUUGGAAAGCACAAUGUUUUGGAAUGGUGGAAUAUCAUGGAGGUGUUUUAGUAGAUCUGCUUAAUGCACUCUUUAAAGGCUGGGGAAGGGAAAGUGAGCUGGCCCAGGAAGAUUUGACCCGCUUUGGACUUUGUUCUGAUGCAGAUGAAAAAUCAAGCAGGCUACUGUCAACUUUGUCUAUGCUAUCUGAAAGUGCGGAGGAAGACAGAAACAGACUACGCAUUUUACACCCAACCAAAGAGCUCUGGGAGGUAGAUGCAGAGGGCCAAAGCAGUGGGUUGACUCUUCAUUUCCUCCUGCCUUCCCCACUACGGGCUCAGCUGCCCAGACUAUCCUCCGUUCUGCUCUUUUUCUUGGGGAGUUCCAUCCAGACAGGUGGGCAGGCUGUGUCCUUCACAAGUCACUCCCUCAAGCCACACCAACAGACAGUGUGUAUUUCAGUGGGGACACAGUUCAUUGUUCUGACCGGGACGCAAAUGGAGAGCCAUGCACAUGGUCACGUGACAUUACAGAUUACAGUGGAGACAAACCAGGCAGAGAAUGGUGAAAGUGUCCCUCUGUGUUUUCAAGAUGAGUCUUGGUUAUACUAUUAAUGUCUGUGUAUUCAUGUACAUGCUUAAUAGCUCGUCCACUUCUUGCAGGGUCAAAAAAUCUUUCUGAGCUGCAGAGGCUCCUUAUGGGAGAGGAAGGAGCCCCCAAUGGCACUC